CACAGUUUGAAUCCUCAUCGAAAGUCUGCAUCUGACAGCAGAGUAGUAACAGAGCUUCAGAAAUGCAGGUUCAGCUGGACAUGGAGGGCGCCCUGACCGCCAGGGACCGGGUUGGGAUCCAGGAUUUUGUCCUCCUGGAUGAAACCACAGAGACCGCCUUCCUCAGUAACCUCAAGAAACGCUUCAGCAAAGAUCUCAUCUAUACCUACAUUGGCACAUUGCUAGUGUCUGUGAAUCCCUACAAAGAGCUGGACAUCUACAAUAAGAAACAGAUGGAAAUCUACAUGGGUGUGAACUUUUUUGAGCUUCCACCACACAUCUACGCCUUGGCAGACAGCGCCUACCAAACCAUGCUGACAGAGUUUAACAAUCACUUCAUCCUCAUCUCUGGAGAGAGUGGAGCCGGGAAGACGGAGGCCUCUAAAAAGAUCCUGCAGUAUUACGCUGUCAGCUGUCCGAGCACCACUCUGCUCAACACUGUCAGGGACAAAAUGCUCAUGUCCAACCCUGUCCUCGAGGCUUUCGGCAAUGCCAAAACACUGAAAAAUGAUAACUCAAGUCGGUUUGGGAAGUAUAUGGACAUUCAGUUUGACAGCCAGGGGGAUGCUGUCGGAGGACAUAUCCUGAACUACCUGCUGGAGAAGUCGAGGGUGGUGCAUCAGAAUCACGGGGAGAGAAACUUCCACAUCUUCUACCAGCUGGUGGAGGGAGGGGAGGACGACCUGCUGCACCAGAUGGGCCUGGAGAGAGACUGCCAGCAUUACAACUAUCUAACCCAAGGAGAGUGUGCCAUUGUGUCAUCCAUUAAUGACAGAAAUGACUGGAAAACAGUGAAGAAUGCACUACAAAUCAUCAACAUUGAUGAGAUUAACACUAAUCACUUGUUUGGGACCGUUGCUAGCGUUCUCCACUUGGGGAAUGUGCAGUUUGACUCGGACAGUAAAGGCCAUGCCUUGCUGAACAACAACAACGCAGAGCUGCGCUGGGUUUCAAAUCUGCUAGGAGUCGAUGCUCACAGUCUCCAAGAGGGACUCACAUACAGGAAGAUUGAAGCCAAAAAUGAGCAGGUCCUCAGCCCAUUCACAACUGAUCAUGCCAUCUAUGCUAGAGAUGCCCUGGCCAAAGCCAUCUACGGACAGACCUUCACCUGGCUGGUGAACAAGAUCAACGAGUCCAUGGAGAACAAGGACAACUCGAGGAAGACUGUAAUAGGGCUUUUGGACAUAUAUGGUUUUGAGGUUUUCUAUGUAAACAGUUUUGAGCAGUUCUGUAUAAACUACUGCAACGAGAAGCUGCAGCAGCUUUUCAUUCAACUGACGCUGAAAGCUGAGCAGGAAGAAUAUGAGGCAGAAGAUAUUGAGUGGGAACCAGUUCAAUUCUUCAACAAUAAGAUCAUCUGCGACCUGGUUGAGGAUAAAUACAGAGGGAUAAUAACAAUACUGGAUGAGGAGUGUCUCAGGCCAGGAGACGCCUCAGAUCUCACCUUCCUGGAAAGACUGGAAGAAAAGAUGGGAAAUCACCCUCACUUUGUCACGCACAAACUGGCUGACAAAAUGACACGUAAGACUCUGGAGAGGGGAGAUUUCCGUCUCUUGCAUUAUGCCGGGGAGGUCACCUACUGCGUUGUGGGAUUCUUGGACAAAAACAAUGACCUAUUGUAUAGGAACAUAAAGGAUCUGAUUGGUCAGUCUAAAAAUGCCAUAGUCAAAGAGUGCUUCUCCUCAACGGAUCCAGACAGCAGACGAAGACCAGAAACAGUGGCGACCCAGUUUAAGAGCAGCCUGCUGAAGCUGACAGAGAUCCUCAUGGCUAAAGAGGCCUGGUACAUACGCUGUCUGAAAUCCAACGAGUCCAAGCAGCCGGGUCAAUUUGACGAAGCGCUGAUCAGGCACCAGGUGAAGUACCUGGGCUUGAUGGAGCACCUCAGGGUCAGAAGAGCUGGUUUUGCGUACAGACGCAAAUAUGAAGUCUUCUUAAAGCGAUAUAAACCCCUGUGCCCAGCCACCUGGCCUCACUGGAGAGGAGUGCCUGCUGAUGGAGUGGAAGUGCUGGUUCAACAUCUCGGCUACAUGCCAAAUGAGUACAAGAUGGGACGUACCAAAAUAUUCAUCCGCCAUCCGAGGACACUUUAUGCCACAGAGGAUGCUUAUGAGAGAUGUAAACAUGAACUGGCAACGAGGCUCCAGGCCAAAUACAAAGGAUACAAAGCAAAGGGAGAAUUUAAAAAACAGAAAGAAGCAGCCACCAAGAUUGAAACCUGCUGGAGAGGAGUGCAGGCUAGGAAGGAGCGAGAUAAGAGAGCCUGGGCUGUGAAAGUCAUCAAGAAAUUCAUCAAAGGUUACAUAAACAGGGGGCAGUUAAAAAACACGGAUAACUCGGAGUACCUGGCUUUUGUGAGACAAAAUUACUUAAACAGGCUCAAAGGCAACCUGCCAAAGACGGUCCUGGAUAAAACCACCUGGCAAACUCCACCAGCAGUCCUGGCAGAGACAUCUGAGAUACUGCGUAUGCUUCACUACCGUCUAAUGGUGCGGAAGUAUGUGCGAGGAAUCACACCCCAGAAAAAGGCUCAGUUACAACUGAAGCUUCUCACCAGCUCCAUCUUCAAGGGAAAAAAGGAGAGCUAUCCACAGAGUAUCGCUCAGCCUUUUGUGGACACCAGAAUCAGUGAACAAGAGAUAAACAUGAGGGUUCUGCAGACGAUUCGCAACGAGCACAUUAAGUACGGUGUCCCGGUGAUUAAAUAUGACAGGAAUGGUUUCAAACCAAGGCCGCGACAGCUCGUCCUCACACAGACGGCUGCCUACGUGAUAGAGGAGGCCAAGAUCAAACAGAGAGUGCUGUACACCUCUCUCAAAGGUAUUUCGGUCAGUAACUUGACAGACGGCAUCAUUGUGCUGCACAUAACAUGUGAGGACCCUAAACAGAAGGGAGACCUUCUGAUGCAGUGCGACCAUUUGUUUGAGUUUUUGACCAAACUCUGUCUCAUUGCUAACAAAGAGAAUUCAGUCAAAGUGGUUCAGGGCAGCAUCAAGAUUGAAAUCCAGGCAGGGAAAGAGAGUGCGGUGGACUUCAGCCUCGGACAGGAACCCAUGGUGUUCAAGGCUAAGAACGGACACCUCAUGGUGGUUGCCACUCGGGCUAGGACACGGUAACAUGUGUGGGGUUGAGGCGACACACAAGAAGCCCCUGCAUAUUUCAUCAGGAGACCCCUGAGGGGAGAUCAACAUGUCUACAGAAAACACACCUGGCCAGAAGCACUAAA